AUGUCUAUUCGUUCGCUACUAAGCUUCGGCUUGCUGGCCGCUCCUUUGGUCUCCGCUCUGCCUGCUGCAGACCACAAGUCCACCUCGUGCAGCACCAGCACCUCGCACUCAACUUCCCACUCUUCCUCCCACUCCUCGACCAAAAAGGGCUUGAACGACUACGCAAAGCAGGCCGGCAAGCUGUACUUCGGUACAGCUGCAGAUGUUCCUGGUACCAACGAGACCACCGACAGAUACUACCGCGCAGAACUUGCCAACAGGGAUGACUGGGGACAAGUUACACCUGCCAAUGCCAUGAAAUGGGUCUUCACAGAGCCCGAACAGGGUGUUUUCAACUACACCGAGGCAGAUAUCUUCCUUGCGGAUGCUGCCCCUCCUGGAAGACUGGUCAGAUGCCACAACUUGAACUGGUACAACCAGCUUCCCGAGUGGCUCACUUCGGGCACAUGGACAAACGAGACCUUGACGAAGGUUCUCCAGAACCAUGUCACCAACCUCGUCGAGCACUUUGGAGACCGUUGCUACGCUUGGGAUGUUGUCAACGAGGCCCUGAGCGACAGUGGCACCACCGGUAAUCUGGCCGACAACACCACCUGGAGAUCGGAUAUCUGGUACAACACCAUCGGUCCCGGUUAUGUUGCUGUUGCCUUCAAAGCCGCAGAAGCCGCUGUCAAGGCCAAGGGCCUCAAGGUCAAGCUCUAUUACAACGACUACAACAUUGAAAGUGCCGGAGCCAAAUCCACUGCCGCACAGGCACUUGUCAAGAGUCUCAAGGAUGCCGGAAUCCAGAUUGACGGUGUCGGUCUUCAGUCACACUUCAUUGUUGGUGAGACACCGUCGAAAGCUGCUCAGAUGGCCAACAUGCAAGCAUUUGCCGCGCUGGACGUUGAUGUAGCCAUCACCGAGCUUGACAUUCGUACCACUGUACCCGCCACUGCUGCAGCUCAGCAACAGCAGGUCCUCGACUACGCCAGCUCUGUCGGUGCAUGCGCAGACGUAGACGCUUGUGUCGGUAUUACUGCUUGGGACUUUGAUGAUACUUACAGCUGGAUCCCCUCGACUUUCCCUGGCCAAGGAUACGGUGAUCUUUUCUUCCAACCUGGAGGAUACAACACUCCACUCGUCCGCAAGGCAGCCUACGAUGGUUGCAUUCAAGUAAGCGAAGCCGCAUUCCACGAUCCUCUAACAUGCUAA